GUAAGAAGGCUUCUCUGAAAAGCUAAAACCACUCUCCUCCUCAAAACCUUCUCUUCCUCGCUGUUCUGCUCUCUGGCCGCCUUCCAAAAUGUCUCCUUUCCCUUCAAAAGUUGCUCCUUUUUUCUUGUUUUCUUUGUUCUCCUUCUUCGUCGCCUUCUCUUCCUCGCAGCCCUCCUCGCCGGACGUCCUUCUCCUCCUCAACACCAUAAAGCCUGUGCUCCAGGGCUCCGCCGCUAACCCCGAGCUUUCUUCCUGGAACGUCUCGCUCCCUCUCUGCCUAUGGCGUGGCCUCCGGUGGUCCUCCGGGGGAGGCGCCGCCGCGCUUCGUUGCGACGAUGACUAUGACCUCCGCUCCAACCUCUCCCUCUCCUACGACCCCUCACUUCGCCUCCUCUCCAUCCACCUUCCCGCCGCCGCCCUCGCCGGGUCUCUCCCUCCGGAGCUGGGCCAGUUCUCGUUCCUCGAGUCGCUCUUCCUCGGCGUCAACUCGCUCACGGGAACCAUUCCCCUCGAGCUCGGGAACGCGCCCGUCCUCGCGAACCUCGACCUCUCCGAGAAUCUUCUGGACGGCGCGCUACCGCCUUCUAUCUGGAACCUCUGCGGUCGACUCGUCUUGCUCCGCCUCCAUGGAAACAAUCUCUCUGGAGAAGUUCCUGACCCUGCGGAUCCAAGCGAGACCUGUGCCAGGCUAAGGGUUCUGGACUUGGGACAAAACCGCUUCCAGGGGCGUUUUCCAGAGUUCAUAGGCGGUUUCCAUGGGAUGGCGGAGCUGGACCUCAGCAACAACCACUUCUCCGGCUCGAUCCCAGAUUCGAUCGGAGGGCUCAGGAACCUGGAAAGCUUGAAUCUUUCUCACAACAACUUCACCGGGCCACUUCCGUCGUCCCUCCAGGAUUCGCGGUUCACGGCGGAGGCAUUCCAGGGAAACGACCCGGAGCUCUGCGGACGGCCACUGGACAGAUGCGGGUCGGGUUCCGGCCUUAGUGCCGGAGCUAUAGCGGGCAUCGUAAUUGGUUUGCUGGCCGGGGCGGUGGUCCUUGCGUCGGUGUCCAUCGGAUGGGUGCAAGGAAGGAAUAGGAGAAACAGGGCAAGGCAGGCGGACGAAGAGGAGGAGAUCGUCUUCGAGGAAGACGGAAACAGUGAAGACGGGAGGCUGAUGCUGUUCCAGGGCGGCGAGCAUCUGACGCUCGACGACGUCCUGAACGCCACUGGACAGGUGAUGGAGAAGACGAGCUACGGGACGGUGUACAAAGCGAAGCUAGCCGACGGUGGCAACAUCACUCUGCGCCUGCUGCGGGAAGGCACCUGCAAGGAUCAAGCUGAGUGCUUGCCAGUCGUGCGGCAGCUCGGUCGAGUCCGGCACGAGAACCUGGCGGCGUUGCGAGCGUUCUACCAGGGGAAGCGAGGGGAGAAGCUGCUCAUCGGCGAUUACCACCCAAAUCGAACUCUCCACGACCUUCUUCACGACACCUGGGCAGGGAAACCGGUACUGAACUGGAAUCGUCGGCACAAGAUCGCCCUGGGAGUGGCCCGGGGGCUGGCGCACCUCCACGCCGGGCUGGAGACGCCGGUGACGCACGGCAACGUUCGGUCGAAGAACGUGCUGGUAGACGAGUUCUACGUGCCGCGGCUGACGGAGUUCGGGAUCGACAAGCUGCUGGUGGCUGCGGUGGCGGACGAGAUGGUGUCGGCGGCGAAGGAGGACGGGUACAAGGCGCCGGAGCUACAGAGGAUGCGGAAGUGUAACGCGAGGACGGACGUAUACGCUUUCGGGAUACUGCUUCUGGAGAUCUUGCUCGGGAAGAAGCCGGGGAAGGGGACUGGGAAGGAGGGGGACGGGGCGGACCUGCCUGCCGUGGUGAAGGCGGCGGUGCUGGAGGAGGCGACGAUGGAGGUGUUCGACGUGGAAGUGAUGAAGGGGGUGAAGAGCCCGAUGGAGGAGGGGCUAGUGCAGACGCUGAAGCUGGCGAUGGGGUGCUGCGCGCCAGCGGCGGCGGUGAGGCCGGACAUGAGCGAGGUGGUGAAGCAGCUGGAGGAGAACAGACCAAGGAACAGGUCGGCGUUGUACACGCCCACAGACAGAAGCGAGAUAGGGACGCCAUUUUGACGCCAUGAACAGGAGCGAGCUUGUCGAUCGACCGGUACCAAUCGCAGCGAUACAAACUUUCAACUGUGAGCUAUGUUUGUCGAAAUCCUUGGCCUACGACAGAUCAUUUGUCGAUGAAUCAAAGGGACGAUCGAACUGUUGGUUCCGACAUGGGACGUCAUUUGAAUGGAAGUUCGAUAAGAGUUUGAAGUUUUGUGAAA